AAAAUCUAACUUUAGAAGAUAAAACUGCGCUGUAAAGACCCAUGUGAUGUUCUUUGGCCUCCUGGCAAGUGAGUACAAGCAGAAAUCCAAACUAUAAGGGACCUCCUAUUCGGUGUGACGCAACCCAGAGUCCUGUCCGAAGCGCGUCUUCAGUGAGCCAAACGGCACCACAAGGCUCUGAGUCCUCAGGCUUCCACUGUCUGACCCCCCUGUGACUGCUGUCCCGUUUGUAGGGUCCUUCCGAAGCUCCCUCCUUGUGGUCAAAAGGAUUCCACCCAUUCAGUCGGAGCAGAGGGAUGACUGGAAUAAGUUGGGUGAUCCACAAAUCUCGGCGGUUCUGACGGUGCUGUUUCGAGAGGCGCAGUCCUCCAGAGACAAUAUGAUGUCUGCUAUAGAGACCGGUGUGUACCAGCCUGCACAGCUGCUCAGCUGGGUUUAUAUGUCUUUACAAGACACUCCGAGUAGCGCUUUUGAUGGCUUCAAAAUCGAGCCGGAUACUUCUCAAGACGUGAACAAGCGCAGCGCAGCGGAUCUGAGCUCUAACUAUCUCAACAACUUCUUCCAUCUGAACAGUGAGACCUUGAAUAACAAUUUCUACAAAAGAUCCUCACCCUAUGGGUCUCUCAACAACAUCGUGGAUGGUCUGAGCUCUCUGGCGGACCAUUUCUCAGACCUCUCCCUUUCCCCUGAGACCCGCAAACCUAGCAAGAGGCCGCCGCCCAACUACCUGUGCCACCUUUGCUUCAACAAAGGACACUACAUCAAAGACUGCCCUCAGGCUCGACCCAAAGGGGAAGGCCUGACUCCGUAUCAAGGAAAGAAGAGGUGUUUUGGCGAAUAUAAGUGCCCUAAAUGCAAGAGGAAGUGGAUGAGCGGGAACUCCUGGGCCAACAUGGGACAAGAAUGUAUCAAGUGCCACAUCAACGUAUACCCUCAUAAGCAGAGACCUCUGGAGAAACCAGAUGGGCUGGAUGUGUCUGACCAGAGCAAGGAGCAUCCACAACACCUGUGUGAAAAAUGCAAAGUCCUCGGCUACUACUGCCGUCGCGUGCAGUAACACACUCUGCUUGCCUUAAAUACCCUUGUGGUUUUAUUAAAAAAGGGACAGUAAUAUUUUAGUUAAGACAUAAUAGAGUUAUUGUACUAUGAUGUAUCUAAUUGUUAAUUCCCAUGAUUUAUCCUCUCUGACACUGUGACUCCGGGUAUGAGUCUCUUUCUGAUGAACAGCCUUUAUAAUAUCUCUUAGUCGAGAUGAGUAUUUCUGAAUUUGCUGUGUUUUUCUAAGUGCCUCAGUUUUCUUUGUUUGAUUCGUUUAAAGUUUAAACUGUGAGCCAUGAAUCUUGCCAACUGUGAAUGAAGAAACUUUGGCUCCAUAUCUGUUUUCACUCUGUUUUUGGAAUAAAAGGUCUCAGAACAAGAUUCUCUUUUACUUGUUUGUAUAUUUUUAGAAAUAACUUAUGUUUUUUUUUCUGUAUAAAAUAUGCAAAUCUUUACCGAGAAGGAUAUGCAGUAUUAAUAUGUAUCUGUACUAAUGGGUAAAUCCUUUUGAAUAUAUUUUGAAGCCAUACUGUUUUGUUGAAUAUUACACUAUGAAAAGGAUUAUCUCAGUUAACUAAUAUUUUGUCUUUAGAAUGAAAAUGUUUUCAAAUGUGGUAGAAUUUUUUUGCUAACAAAGGUAAUCACCACAGCCAUGUCUUGGCACUUAGUGCUGAAAUGCCUCACCAGAGUGCUGUUUAUGUUUUUGGAAAAAUAUAAUUUGUAAUAUGAAAUGAAGUACCAAGAGGAGUGAAGGGGAAAGUGGAAAAUUGUUUCUUGUUAUGGGGGAUGUCUUUUGCAGAUAUUGUGGUAUUAAAUACAUAUUUAGAAUAACUGUAUUACCCUUUGAUCUACUCAAAAUGCCUGGGAAUUCCAUGUAAUGUGCCUUAAUUGGACUAUUAU